AUGCCAGAAAAUUUGGAUUCCAGCAAAUGUACGCUCAACCUGCGCGAACUUAUUCAAGCAUAUGAGGGACAAAGCGCUGUUGUGCCCACACUCGAUGUUGAGAAGAACCAAAAUGACCUGAAAACGAUUGAUGUGGACAUUAACCGAAACUUUCCGUUCUACGUUCACAUGACAGACGACGAGAAGCAAUUGUUCAGAAAUGAGCUCAAGAAGACCUUACUGCGGCUGCCCGUCAGCUAUGUACAGAGCAUGUGCGAUAUUGUUGCGGUAUUGAUGUAUUUUUACUAUGCAGAGAUGAGAAACGGUAGUUCGCUGGUAAGUCUGGCAGAAAGAGAAAAUACAGCGUCUGCGAUUGAUACCAGUGAAAGCGGAGGUUUGUACGAUGAAGAAACGUAUGAAAGGAUGUUUAAGAUAAUUUAUAACAUUUUGAAGGAGAAAUACGUUCCUCUGAUCGAUGAUCAGUUCAAGAUGUACCUUGAGAACAACGAUAUAUUCAUCAAGAUGAUGAAGCAAAGGGGUGUUGAAAUCCCUUCGAGCAAGAGCCUGAUCUACACCAAUAGCACGCUGACCUGGUUCAGCAGAUCUAUGGACAGCAUGAACGAUAUUUACAAAAUGUUUGCGCUGAUCAUUUCUUGCCCGACAAGCAUCGUGUUUCUCCUGCUUGUUCAUUAUUUUGAUUUUAUCGAGAAUAAAAAGAUGAUAAAAAUGGAUGAUAACGAUAUAAUGCCAAAAAUAAUCAAAUUGGAGAAAGAGUUCCUGAAACUGCAAGAGGAACAAGAUACCUCUAAGCCCAAGAUGAGCAAAAAAGCGAUCAUAUAUGGUGUUGUUACCGGUGCUGUAGUUGCUGGUGCGGUACUAUUCGGUAUUUUCAAGAAGUACAAGUGAUAUCAGCUCAGUAAAAUUUGUUAGUCUUCGCUA